CAAGGUUCCGCUAUUAACCAUUUACGUUAGCCACUCGUCCACGAUCCGCGUAGUUAGCGGCAAGAAGCCAACUGUACUUUUAGUCUGGUAUGAUUUUAUAGUUGAAUAAAAUUCUCUUCGACACAUUCCUGUCGAAUUUUAUGGAUUUAAAGAAGCCGAUGUGUCUUUGAACGGAUUUACAGGUAAAGUAACGAAAAUGCCAUUACAUGGGAAAAUAGUCGUGAUAAAGAGGAGUGGAGGCGAUGGCACCGAGUUUCCUCUCACUGCAACAUGCUUGUUUGGAAGGAAGCCUGACUGUGACAUUCGUAUUCAGCUACCUCAAGUCUCCAAAGAGCAUUGCAGAAUUGACUUGAAUGAAAAUAAAGAGGUCAUUUUGACAAAUAUCAGCUCGGUGAAUCCAACCCGGGUCAAUGGAGAAGUUCUGCAGCAGUCGGAGCGUUUGAAACAUGGAGAUGUGAUAACAAUUAUUGACCGUUCUUUCAGGUUUGAGUAUCCACCAGCGCCAACACCUAAGAAGAGGUCUUCUACAGGAGGCAAAACUAAAACCCUUAAAGUUCUUCAAGAGCCACAAGUGGUGGACACUGUCACUGCUGAACCAGGAGAGAAGAGGGUCUCAGAAGUGUUCACAGAUGGAACUAACCAUGGCAACAUCCAACGAUCCCUGGAGAACACAGUGGAGGUGGAGUCCACAGGGGAUGAUAGCCUCCUGCAAAACAAGACCAACUCCCCCUUCAAUGAUCUAUAUCAAAUGAUCAAAAAGUCUCUAGAUGUCAAGACCCCUAGGAAGUCUUCUUCUGUCAGCCUGCUUCAAACACCGACAUCAAGGUUUUGCACUCCAAAACCUGGGUCGGUCAAGAAAAAUGACAAACCUGUCAUUUUUACAGAAGCCAAGAAAAUGAAAGAUGACGUUAAAGUCUUUUCUGGAGCUGAUGAAACAAAGGGAGAGGUUGAAAGUGUUGGUAAGGGGACCCCAAAGUCUGUCAAGAAGGAGAGGAGGUCCCUCCAGCUUUCUACUGAGAAUCCUGGUCCUGCAGUGAAAGAAGAUGAUCACGCAACAAAGUCUGAAGUAACUUCACCUCAGAGAAGAAACCGCGCAACCCCACAGAGGUUUACUGUGCAACAGGUCGUCGAACAAGUGUGUGUGCAAACCCCACCCAAGUCACCAUUGAGGAGGAAAAGCAAGGAGGCCACGCCAGCCAAACCUGCAGUGAAGCAAGAGCCAGAAAUAUCUGCUCCCAGCACACCUCAAACUCAAAGAGUAUCACCACGGAUUUUGGCAAAAACAGAGAAAGCUAAGGAAAUGCCCAAAAAACGCAAAAGCGGUGAACUUGGAGCGGAAUUGUACACAUCGCAAAUGAAGAGAAAGCGUGUUUCCUUUGGCGGUCACUUGAGUCCAGAGUUAUUUGACAAGCGCCUGCCUCCUGACUCUCCAUUACGUAAGGGGGCCGCUCCACGGAGGAGCUUAUGUCUCCCUAAACCCAAGCUGUCACUCCUUAGAAGAGCGUCAGCCAUCGGCCUCCUUAAGGCGAAAAAGGGGACUCCAUCACCUAAAAAGUCACCAAACAACAAAAAUGCAACGCCUACGCCUGGCAAGAAAACCCCAAAAUCAAGGUCCCCAUCUCCCAAGGAAGCAUCUCCUGGAAAGAAAACCCCAAAAUCAAGGUCCCCAUCACCCAAGGCAGCAUCUCCUGGAAAGAAAACUCCAAAAUCAAGGACCCCAUCUCCCAAGGAAGCAGCAUCUCCUGGAAAGAAAACCCCAAAAUCAAGGUCCCCAUCUCCCAAGGCAGCAUCUCCUGGAAAGAAAUCACCAAAAUCCAAGUCGCCUGUUUCCAAGACUCCUGUGAAAAGAGAACGGUCUCCUUCAACCAAAAUUGAAACGCCUAAGACUCAGCAGAAGGAAAUUUCCAUUGUUGUUGUAACACCAGGUAAAACCCCCACAGUGCAAGGGCGCUUCUCUGUGUCGCACAUCACCACUCCAUCUCCAGUUGCCGAAGGUGCCAUUUCUGACCAGAUGCCUUCAGUCACUGUGACCCCUAAGAUUCCUCUGAAGAGGAAGAGCAUGAAGAUCAACGCAAAGAAGACCCCGUCUGUUGCCAAGAGUGCUGUAAAGGUCAUGCGGAGGAGUGGCAUUUCACGGGCAUCAAUGAAGUUCAAAAAUUCCUGGGCAAACAUUGUGAAAUUUGGACAAGUUAAGGCUCAAGUUGCUGCCCCAGCCAAAAAAACGGUCGUCAAAACAACGACAAAGAAGGCUGUGCCCAAAAUGCAGACACCUGCAAGAAAACUCCAUGGUCAUGUCAGCACUGGGCACGCCAACUCACCUGUGACCAUUGUUGUGGGCAAAGCUCACAAACAAAGGCUUUUGCAACCGACUGGUGCUGCACCAAAAGUGGUCGUCAAUGCUGCCCUCUCAAAAAAGAACAUGAAAAUGGAUGAAGACUUGACUGGUAUUUCUGAAAUGUUUAAAACACCUGUAAAUGAAAGGAAGCGGAAAUCUGUCAUCGAUUGCAGUGCCCCCAAGACCCCAGUGAGAGUUGUUGGCGCGUCAGUUGUCGAACCGUCGGUUCUCAACACACCCGAGGAGCCAGGAGAAAUGAUUGUGUCGCCUCUGAGUGUAGCAUCUACAGUGAAAAGCAGAGAAUACAACAGUGAAGCAGUGCAACGCCUCCUAAACGGCGAUGGAGAAUCUAGCUUUGCCCUUGAGAUCUCUGAUUCAGAGACUCACCCUGAAUCCAGUGAACAGCAGAGUGCAGAAUUGAAGCCGACCACUGUAACGACUCCAAAACAGAAGCCAGAACAACUGCCGUGUCUCACUGGAGUGAAGAGGAUCAUGAAGACGCCAAGACAGAAGGCCGAGCCUGUUGAGGACUUGAGGGGAAAGAUUUUGAAAACUCCUAAGCAGAAACCUGAACAAAAAGAGUGCCUCACUGGAGUGAAGAGGAUCAUGAAGACACCAAGACAGAAGGCCGAGCCUGUUGAAGACCUCAGAGGAAAGCUUCUUGCAACUCCCAAACAGCAGAAGCCUACAGAAAUACAAGAGUGCUUCAGUGGAGUAAAGAGAAUUUUCAGCACCCCACAGCAGGAGCCUGAAGCUGUUGAAGACCUUCAAGGAAAACUUGCCAACACUCCCAAAGCUUUAGAGGCUGGUGAUGUGAGCCUCACUGUAUCUGAAACGGAAAACACGAUGAACCAAGAUGUGGAGAGCCCCCCAAUGGUGUGUCUUACAGAUGUCGAGAGAGUAAUCGAGGAGCCACAGGACGAUAUACCAGAAGCAACUGAUGAUACUUCUCAUGUCAGCGUGGCAGAAGAAGCUGUUGAAGCUCUGCUGAGUGGAGAUGAUGGUCCAUCAUCACAUGCCAUGAAAACUGUCUCUCCCACAGCUACCGAUGAUGUAUCUGAGGAACCACCCAAAGUGGAUGCAGCAGUUGAGAAUUUAUCCAACAAUCAACCAGAAAUGGAGAUUACAACUGGUGAAGUCACAGAGAUGGAGGCACCAGUGGAGUCUGAAGUAGCAGAGAAUAAACAAGAGGUGGCUGAACGGCCUGCAGAUCUGGUUGCUCCUGCCCCAGUCAGAAGGGGAAGAGGAAAGAAAACUGAAGCCACAGCACCACCCGCAGUUAGAAAGACGAGAAACAGAAAUACAAAGACCACCGACGGAAAGAACGCUGAUGUCACAGAGGAAGAAAGUGCCCCCCAGCCUUCUAAAGUUGCAGUUAAGCCGAAAACGGGAAGAAAUGCCAAAAAAGUUUCUGAUGAUCAAGCUGAAAUGGUGCCAGAGGCUGCUCCUGAAACGCCUAAGAGCAAACAGAUAUCCACAGUAGAUGUCAACCUUACUGUAAAUGAUGGUGCAGCACCUGAGGAAAAAGCUGUCUCAAUGCCCAAGAGAGGAAGAAAAACUAAACAACCCGAAGCCACUCGGUCUGUGCCAGAAAAGCAAGAUGAUCCUUGUGCUCACAGUGAUGGUGUUUCCCAAGCUGCCAUUGAUGAAGUUGCACCUGAAGUCUGCACUGACGUGCUGGACGUUAUGCCCCCAACAACUGAUGAGACCAAAUCAUCAGCAGAUGUCCAAGAGACUGUUCCCCAGGCACCUGAAACCGAGAGCUUACCCCAAGUGGACACUGAAGCAAAUGCAGCCGUCGUCCAGAAAAAAUCUCUUCGCGGUCGCAAAGCAAAAUUGCCAGAAUCCAAACCGGAGGAAACUGACCUUUCAGAAGAGCCUGUUGUCGCUGCUCCGGUAAGAGGACGAAAAGGGAAGAAAACUGAAGCAAUUGCACCACCUGCUGUCAGACAGACGAGAACCAGAAAUGCAAAAUCCCAAGAAAGCACCUGUGAUGAUAAACCUGAAAUUGCCCCAGAGAUAUGUGUGGAACCACAACCCAUGGCCGAGACAUCCCCUGAAGAGGCCCUGGUAAAUAACAAUCAGAAAGAAAGUGAAUCCACUGUUGAAGAAGCUGCUGUGAAGCCCAAGCGAGGGAGGAAAGCUAAACAAACGCCUGUGGAGACAUCUCAACCAAAGAUGGAGAAAACCGAAGUCGUGGCUGAUGAGCAGAUAAUAGCAGAUCCUCCACAGCCCAUUCCCACUGCUGUAAAGCCCACUCGAGGAAGAAAGGCAAAAUCUGAUGCUGUUAAACAAAAUGAAGUUGCAGAAGUGACAGCUGUUACCGAGGAGAACAAGCAGGUGUCUCAACUCCCAGCCAGGGCUAAGAGGGGAAGAAAGGCAAAACUGGAAGAAGAGGAGAAAGAAAUCGAGACUUCUGGUGUACAAGAGCCAGUUAAAAAAUUAAGAAAAAACAUCAAAGUGGAACAAGACAACAUAAAAUCAACGGGAGAAGAAAUAGCUGAAAUGGCUAUCCCUCUCGAGGCUGAAGCUUCAUCUGUUCCUGAACCACAGGAGGUGAGUGAACAGGUCAUUGUAACUGCAAAACCCAAGAGAGAAAGAAAAUCCAAGCAAUGCACUGAGAGGGAAGCCACUGAGGACCAAGAGGUGCCUGCUGUCAAGUCCACAGAGAAACCUAAACGGGGCAGGAGAGGAAAAGAAACCGCUGAAGUGGAUGUGGCUACUGUUGACGCACCAGAGGCGGAAUCUGACAAUCUGCCAGAGGCUCAAGAGAAAAACGCUGAGCCAGAUGCUCCCGUCAUUAAGACUACCCGGGGAAGAGGGGUGAAAACAUCUGUGAAAAGUGAGGAUUCACAAGUCGUUCCAGCUAAGAGAGCGCGCAGAGGUGCCGCUCCUCCUCUUGAGGAUGUCAACACAGAACCCACUGUCCAGGAUUCAUCAGUUCCAGCAUCAGUCGAACCCGUCAAGAGGGGAAGACGGGCGGCAUCGGCGAAACCCGCAUCGAAGGAAACACAAGUGAGCAGUGACCAGGCAAGUCUUUCUGAAGAUUUAAAUGGUAAGGCUGAAGAAGAAGACGCCAAAAUGACCAAAAGAUCUGUGCGGUGGAAACCGCAAUUGGAAGUCUUUCCGAUCGCAAAAGUAACGCCAUUGAAAUCCGCUCGAGGCAGGAAGUCAAAACUUGUUGACCCAGUUGAAGCUGAAAGCAAAAUCGAUACAGACAAAGCUCAAGAUAAGAAUCUCUCGGACGAAGUUGUCGAAGCUCAGCCCAUCAAGAGAGGCAGGCGGGGGGCAAAGGUGGCUGAGUUGGAGUCCUCAAGCACGGUGGAACCUCAGAAAGUUGCUGAAGCCGAGACGCAGCUGAAAACCCGAAGAGGAAGAUCUGCCAAGAAAUAACUUGUAUAUAUAUUCUUAAUCACAAGGACUUUCUUGAUUUAUGUUCUAUAUUUUAAAUUUUAUGGCAUUUAGAGAGUAGUUUUAUAGACCUAUAAUUGAAGCACUCGGUUUUUCCCCCCCCUCUCCUUUGCUUCAAGAUGCAGGGAAUCUUAACCUUUAUUUUAUGGCAAGUUGUAUGUUGUUAAUUUGUUGGAAUGUGCAACUGUUGUGUUUGUGGUUGGAAAAAAGUGGUUAUUAAAUUUUUUAGACAAA